CAAUAAAUCAUGAAAGGUCGGUGACUAGUGGGUGAAAGCAUUUAGUGCAUCUACUUUUAUUUUAUUUAAUUUCCCCCCAAUAUAAUAAGCCUUUCCUUGAUGACUUCAGCAAAAACCACUAACACUACCACUUCAUCUUAACAUAAUAAUUUCUCAAGAACCACAGAGAAGAAGAACUUGUAGUAAGAAGAACAGGUCGAAGAAGAUGACGAGACAGAAGAUUUUUCUCUUUGGUGAUUCAAUCACUGAAGCAUCCUUUAGUGUCGGUGGCUGGGGCGCUUCUCUCGCCGAUCUUCUUUGCCGCAAGGCUGAUAUGGUGCUACGAGGAUACAGUGGGUAUAACACGAGGUGGGCUUUGAAAGUAGUGGACAAAGUUUUCCCGGCGGGAAAAGAAGACGGCGGAGAAUCACCGGCAGCCGUGACUGUAUUCUUUGGAGCGAACGACGCGUGUCUGCCGGAGAGAUGCUCGGGGUUUCAACAUGUGCCACUUCACGAGUACAAGCACAAUCUUCGCUCCAUUGUUUCGUUUCUCAAGAAGCGUUGGCCACAAACGGCCAUUAUUCUCAUAACUCCGCCUCCAAUACACGAAGAGGCCCGCCUCAGAUAUCCUUAUAUCGAAAACACGACGGGAUUGCCUGAAAGAACAAACGAGGUAGCGGGACGAUACGCGAAAGCAUGUGUAGAAGUAGCCGAGGAAUGUGAAAUCUCGGUCAUUGAUCUUUGGUCGAAAAUGCAGCAAAUUCCGAAUUGGCAAACAGAAUGUCUAUGGGACGGGUUACAUUUGAGUCGGGUUGGUAACAAAGUAGUGUUUGAAGAAGUAGCAAAUAAACUUAAAGAAGAAGGCAUUGGAGCUGAUGACUUAGCCGUGGAUCUUCCCCUUAUAGAAGAUGUUGACCCAAACGAUCCUCUCAAAGCCUUUGAUGAGUUUUGAUGCUUUAUAUUAUCAUCAUUUAGUUUGGAUUAAUAACCUUCUUAACGACAUUAGUUUGGAAUAAUAUUCUUCUGAAUGAUAUUAAUUAAACCAAUGAUAUCGAACUAUAUUCACAUU